GUCCUCCGGCCGUCCCUGGAAGCCACGGACCCAAGGGAGAGCCGGGGUCCCCGGGGCUUCCCGGUUUGCCCGGGAAAAGCGGCCCCCGAGGAGCCCCCGGAAGCUCUGGAGACAUCGGCCCCAAAGGCGAACGAGGGGAAGCCGGAGACGCCGGCGGCCACAAGCUCGCGUACCAAUCCGCCUUCACUGUCAAGCGCCAGACCCACGAGCACCCGGUGAAGAAUGCGCCGGUGGUCUUCCGCGGCAACGUGACCAACACCUACCACGAUUACGACACCUCGACGGGCAAAUUCACCUGCCGCAUCCCGGGCGUCUACUACUUCGUCUUCCACACGUCCUUGACGGCCAACCUGUGCGUCAACCUCUACCGCAACCGGGAGCGGGUGGCCAGCUUCUGCGACCACAUCUCCAACCCCAAACAAGUCAGCUCCGGUGGGGUCCUGCUCCAACUGGAAGCCGGCCACCAAGUCUGGUUGGCGGUCAACGAUUACAAUGGGAUGGUGGGUGUGGCCGGCGCCGACAGCGUCUUCUCGGGCUUCCUAUUGUUUCCCGAUUAGCUUCUCCUCCAGAAAGAGCCCAAUCGGCUCCGGAGCCUGCCUGAAAUCGACCUUUUCCUGGGAUUCCCCCGUAGCUUUUCUUCUAUCCUUCGAGGUUUUCUCCUGCCUUCCCCACUGAUUGAAAAUAAAAUAAAAUAAAAUAAAGAGUUUGUCAUGGCAAUUGAAAUAAAUAAAUAAUAAUAAUAAU